UUGUAAGCUGUUUAAUAAAUGUAACCAAAGCCGUCAGAGAUUAAGGAAAGAUGUACACGUUCGUAAGUACUUCCGUAACUGCUUCGUGAAUCGGAUCGUCAUUUUGGACCAAAACAAUAACAGUCACACGUGUUGGAGCUCCGAAGACUGACCUCGCAGAGUUUGUCAUUAAAAUACACAGCUUACCAUUCAGCAAAGCCCUGCUUGACAAGCAGAUACUGUUGAAAGUGGAGACACCAUAAUGCCUGCCACCUGUGCUGCUUAUAACUGCGGCAUAAGAAGGAGCAGAGGAGCUGGCAUAUCAUUUCAUAGGUUUCCAAUGUCAAACCCUCUCCUUUUGAAAAAAUGGCUUCGUGGAAUGAAGAAAGACUUCAUACCAAACCGGCACAGCAUUUUGUGUAGUAACCACUUUGCUGAAUCGGACCUUGAUCGUUCAAGGCAAACUGUACGCUUACGAGAGGGUGCUGUGCCUUCAGUGUUUGACUCGCCUUCAGAUUUGCCUGAGGAUCUUGCUACAACACAAAAACAUGGGAGAGAUACAGAUACCAGUGCAGUGAUGGGAAGAGUAGGAAAGAGAGAUUAUGGGAAAGCACACACGUCUGUAGCUGAAAGUAAAGAACUUGGAAAGCACCACCCUACACCGAAGUCUGGUGUACCUGUUCGUCAGUUUCUUAUCAAAGAUCAUGCAUGUGUCUUUUCUGAUAAGCAGGAAGUUGAGUUAGUGAAAUGCAUCAAGGAAGCAGAUGUUUUUUUUGAUGAAAUGACAACCAAGGAGACUCGGAAAUUAGUGUAUGAGUUUGCUUUUAAAUACAAUGCAAUUAUUCCAAAUCCUCUGUGGGAUUUUGAUGGUUUAGUAGAUGUAGCAUGGUUCAAAAAAUUUGUCCAGAGACAUCCUAGUAUAUCCAGAAAAAAGCAAGUUAAUUCAAACGUUAUUCGAAAAAUCGGUUUCAAUUCUCGUAGUAUUAAUUAUUUCAUAAAUACUGUACCAGAUAAGAUGCGUGCAGUCAGCAGUAAUAAAAGCAAGUUUAUAAACAAAGAAAACCCAUUUGAAUGUUAUAGCAGUUUAGAACAUAAGUGUAAUGCUAUUCCAGAAAACCACACAUUAAACAAUCUUUAUGCUUCCAAGAAUGACAUCCAUGUUAAACAUGAAUGUCUGUAUAAUAAUACCUCUGAUAAGGUAGCAAGAGAGAAUGUUUUUAUUAGAAAUGUGUAUCAGGGUAAGAAGAGUGAAAAUUGUGAAGGUAUUCUUAAUGAAGUUAAUGCAGAGAGAAAAGGUUUUGUAAUGGAUAAUUGUGCAUUUGUAAAGGAAGAAAAAGAUACAAUUGUAAAAGAAGAGAAUUAUAUGUUAUCUAGUGAUGAUGCAUGUGUACAAAAAUAUGGUCUUUUAAAAGAGGAGGAUAACUUACUUUUUUGUAAUAAAAUCUCUUGUAAAAAUGAAGUACUUGUAAAAGAAGAGUGUGUAUUUAUAAAAGAAGAAAUGGAUGAUUUUGUAUAAAAGAAUAUGUAUGCUUUUGUUAAAAAAUAUUGGUCUACAUUGAAAAAAAAACAUUGAGGUCUUCCUCUGGUCAUCAAAAAAUCUCUCUAAAGUGUUUUCUCAGUCAUCUACUAUGUUCCCUUCUCAUACUACAGUAUACCUAUCUAACUUAGGUGCAUGGAGUUCAGCUAUUGCAAACUACCUCAAAUCCAUCAUCACUCACAAACAAAAAAUUAAGCUAUGAGAAAUAUAACAUGUGUCUCUUCAGAAAACACCCAGCCCCUCUUUUUAAAUACUUAACUAUGCUAAACAUUCAGUUAAUCCACAUACGGUGUAUUCUCUUGUCCUACUUACACUUCCUAAAUGCUAAUCCUGUUUUGAAACUUUCUUAAUUGCUACAAUAGAACUCCAUAAGCAUAAUACCUGAAAUAAGUAUCCGAUAUUCUUAGUCAGGCUAAAUCUAUGAAAACAUGCCAGUGUAUGGAAUUGUCCAACCUAUACUUUAUUCAGAAGUUGAACUAAGAAAUGCCAAAUUUCAUCUUGAUAGUACAGUACUUUACCUUGUGCUAUUAACUCUCACAGUAUCUUGUUCUACUCACUUGCCCAGUAUAUUAUAAUGUAGAAAUGCAACUUCAUCAUUAUAAUAUUAUUUUCUUUAUACUGAUGUAUUUAUUAUGUGAAUUCAAAUUGUUACAAUGUACCUAUUAUUAUGCUUAUUUGUUAGCUAAGGACAUGCCUGAAAUGGUAUGCAUGCCAGUUGCUUUGCAAGAAUGUGCUUACCAAUUACCAACAUAAAUACUUAAAUAAGCCAUUGUAUCUUCUUGUACAUGAAUAAAUCAAUCAAUAAAAUAGUGUUGUUUGUGUGACUGCUGAUUCUGCAUGAUUCAGUGUAUGGCAUGGAUAAGCUGUUUUUUAAAGUCAUUCUCUUCUUCCUGAUCUGAUGCAAUCACAUCUCAUGAAUGUGGAAAAACGGUAUUGGCGAUGAAAAAUUAUGUAAAAAUAUAGUGAACAUCCCACAGCUCAACAGCACUUUACUGAAUAACUUUCUUUUGUACAUGUAUUAGUUUGAUAUUUUACAACAUGUACAACUAAUGAAUGGAAGUUGAUUGACAGUGUAUUUUAUUAUUUAUUCAUAACAGUACAAAAUAAUGAAAUACAAAGAAAAUAAAUAUUUAAUUUUAAAUUUGUUUUAUUUAACAAAAACAGUUAUAAAUUUAGAUAUCAUUUUAAGGCAUAAUUUAUGUUAAUACUCUCUCCUCUAGGGUGCUACCUUGAUGUGGUGAGGGGGAGCUCUUGUGCACUACCCUCAGACAGGUGUCAGUGGCUUCUGCUCCUGUCUCCUGUGACAAUGCAUGAGUGAAGUAUAUCCUUGUGGGUUCACCACCCAUGUUUUUACUGUGCAUGGAGACCGCUGUCCGCUCAGCCGCCGGCUCCUAUGGUGCUAUGUACCGUAAUCUGUUUGGCCCUGCUAUGUGGCCUAAAUAUUUUGAUAUCUUCCACAAAGACCUUACCUGCCUUGAUUUGCAAAUACACACAUACCAUGGUGACACUGGAUGCUCGUGUUAUGUUUUAAACCCAUCCAGACUGGUGCCCAUAUUUUUUGAGGCCCCUUCUAAGGAGAUCACCUCUUAGCUGCUCUCACUUUGGUGAGACCAUGGGUUUGGAUCUCUAAAAGUGUCCAAUUAAAUGCCAGUAUCGGUACAAUCAUUCUCCCACCCCAUGUUGCGAUGGGGAACAAGAAACUAAGGACUGCCACGAGGAUAUUAAAUACAUCCUCAAAGCCCAAGGUUAUCCUAUCCUGGUUGAUAUGGUCACUCAACCCCCUCGCGGAUGUUGUCAUCGUCCUCCCCUUAGUGGUUAAUCCCUGAUUGAUUGGUUGAUGAAGAUUAAGCCACUCAAGAGGUGGCACGGGCAUGAAUACCCUGUAAUUAAUUCCUGCACAGCGCACCUAUUUUAUAUGACAACCCUCUGAUGGGCACCUGUCUUUCCGAUGCACUGCUAAUAUUUUGACGGUUUGUCUUAUCUGACAUUCACCUAUUGAAAUUGGCCAAACACUCAUUUUUCUCCUUUGCAACUUUACUGUGUCAUACAAAACAGUUUUAUGUUCAAGCAGGAAUCUAGUUAGCAAGGAACUGGUAUAAUAAUUGUCUGUGUAUAAAAUGUGGAAUUGUCUAGCAGUGGAAGUGAAGGGAACUAUCAGGAGAAAGCGCCAUGCCAUUACGACUAUAUAGCACUUGGUCCAGUGGGUGUCAUCAGCGUUUUUAUCACACUGCCUGAAAAACCGUGAGUUCGUCCUUGGUAAUGCUUACGUCAGUGCCACACUAAAGUACUGUAUAAAGUUUAUGACCAUUCAAAAUUACACGGAACAAAAAAUUUGAGUCCAAAUGUGUUGCAUCUUUAGGAAUGUUUGCCCAUACCAAGCAGGUAUCAAGCAGGAUGUACUGCUUGAAAUUAACAAGUCCUUUGAAAAGCACAAGUGAUUUGUCUAUCAUCAGUUUCUGACCUGGUACACAGAAAUAAAUAUAUAUAUAAAUAAAAU